GACUGGAGCUAUUCAGCCCUUCAUGCUUUAGAGAAGCAGACAAGAAUCAGGCGUCCACCGUGAGGACCCGUAAACACACACACAACACAUAACAUGGUGCUGUUAGACAACUUUGAGGCUGUUCUGGGGGAAAACCUGACGGCAUGAUGUGGACACCUGCGCCAUGGAUUUUGGGGAUUUGGUUGCUUGGAACAGGCUCCCUCUGCCAGGAGGUGAUAAACCAGUGCGAGCCCAAUCCGUGCCGGAAUGGGGGCAGAUGCGAGGGUCACAUUGGGGGCUUCACCUGCCACUGCCUCAAGCCGAGUCGUGAUGGCAUCCUCUACGGAGGUGUUAACUGCGAUGUGAAGUUAGUGGGUUGUGAAGGCCAUGAAUGCCAGAACCAAGGCUCCUGCUCUCCUUUCCUGAUGGAUGGGACUCAUGGCUACACCUGUUCCUGCUCACCUGGGUACGCCGGGCCUCUCUGUAUGACCCCUACAGCUUUUACCUUCGAGCGCAAAGGUUACUUGCUGCUCGAGAGCCCCCUAGUGGAUACUGAAGUGACUUGCAACAUCACUCUCAGCUUCAAGACUUUUCUGCCUAGAGCUCUGUUGUUUCAUACCAUCACAAGCGGUCUGCAGCUGAGCCUGGAGCUGGAAGGGGGGCAGCUGCGUCUGACGCUGAGGAGGGAGGCCUCUGCUGGGGCGCAAAGCCCGAGCCAGGUUCUCGAGCUUCCGCACAACGUCACAGAUGGAAAGUGGUAUUCUGUAGAGGCUGUGCUUGGAAACUGGGUGCUAAGCCUUAAACUACUAGAUGAUGCCGUGAGGUGUGCGAGCCAGUCGUGCCACAAAGCGGCCGCAGUCCAAAGCAGACUGGUGGGGUUUGUUUCAUCCCCUCAGAGCACUUUUAUUGGAGGAAUGCCUCGAGACUCGAGCGGCCUCAGUGAGUACGAUGCGUUUACUCCAUUCAUCGGAUGCAUGCGGGACGUGUUUGUGGACUGGCAGCUCGUCAUCCCCGAGCAGUGGCUGAGCGACUCAGCUGUCAACGUGUCCCCGGGCUGCAGCUACAGGGACCGCUGCCUGGAUGUGCCGUGCCAAAACAAAGGAGAGUGCGUAAACAUGUGGCAGAGCUACGAGUGUCGGUGUGCCAGGCCUUAUGAGGGGCACGACUGUGAGGAGGAACAUGUGACUGCCCGCUUCGGGAACGAGGACGCUUACAGUUUUGCAGCGUUCACCGUCACUGAUGACCUGGUCGACAACUUCUCCAUCUCCUUCUUCCUGCGCACGCGGAGGAGCGGCGGGCUCCUCUUGGUGCUUACCAACAGCAGCGACGCUUACCUGCACGUGUGGUUGGAAGGUGGCAAGGUCUCAGUUCAGCUCGAUAAAUACGAAAGCCUGAAGUCAGCGGAUGCGAUUGACGAUGGGGAAGCCCACUUUGUGAGCGUAGGGGUGGCGGUGGAUGGUCUUAUCGUGCUGUAUGUGGGGACUCAGGAACAGGGGCGUGUGGAGGUGAGGCCGGUCAGUGUCCAAGCAGGUGACACGGUGUAUGUGGGAGGUCUGCUGGAGGCAAGGGAGACCUCAGCGUUCGGUGGAUAUUUCAAAGGCUGCGUUCAGGACCUGAGGAUCAGCGACAGGAGGCUGCAGUUCUUUGGGCUGGACACUACAGUGAGAUCUUAUCCUCUUGAGAUCAUGGAGAACGUAACUGUGGGGUGUUCUGGAGACAACAUCUGCAGUAGGAAUCCAUGUCUCAACGGGGGGAUGUGCUACUCCAAGUGGGACGACUUCACCUGUACCUGCCCCCCCAACACAUCAGGGCGGCGCUGUGAAGAGGUGAAGUGGUGCGAGCUGUCCCCAUGCCCCAAAGAUGCAGAGUGCAGGAUGCUGAACCACGGCUAUGAAUGUUACUCCAAUGCAACUUUCCUGAACGACAGCACCGUGCUGUCCUACCGGGGGAACGGUCGCAUAUCCCGCAACCUGACAAGCCUCUCCCUAAACCUGCGCACACGGAAGCGUAAUGCAGCGAUCCUACAUGCUGAGGAGGGCUCCGCUUUCAUCACGGUCUCCAUCCAAGAUGGUUUCCUCUUCGUGGAGCUUCAGAGCACCUACGAAGAGGAGGGCGUAUCUACGGUCAGCCUGAGCAGCAGGAGCAGUGUCAGCGACGGCCAAUGGCACAGUGUCCACUUUCUCAUGGCAGCGCCGUGGGCGCAAACCUCUCGGUGGACUUUGGUGCUCGAUGAAGACGUAGAAGAAGCCAGCACUUCCACCAGCCGAGGAGGCAACCUGGACUUCCUUAGAGAGGGGGUGGACAUCUUCUUGGGGGGACUGGCCCCCGACACCGGCUGGUCCCUCGCCGGUUGUCUGGGCACCGUGGAGCUGGGUGGGAUCGCCCUUUCUUACUUUGGCUCCUCUGGUGUGAACCUCCCCCGCACGCAGGAGGAGCAGUUCGUCCAGACGUCGCCGCGAGCGCCGCUCGUCGGCUGCGGCGGGGCCUCUGUGUGUGAUCCAAACCCUUGUCUGAAUGGUGGGGACUGCCGGGACCUCUUCAAUGCGUACAACUGCAGCUGCCCCGAGGGCUGGGCCGGGAGACGCUGCGACUUCUUCUUGGACACCUGCGCUUCGAAUCCCUGCGUUCACGGCAACUGCAGCGUCGCCGGGUGGAGCUACGAGUGCACCUGUGAGCUCGGCUACACGGGCGCAAACUGCGAGGAAGAGGUUGACAUGUGCAAAAACCACCUGUGCGCCCACGGGGGCACCUGUCUGCACGGGCCCGACAGGUACGCCUGCCUCUGUGCGGAGAACUACACCGGACCUCUCUGCAACGAACGCGUUGAAGAAAUUCCGUGGUACAUUGUUGUCAAAAAUGUAAGGCCAAAGCUUCCUGUUUCUGUGUGCGGCGAUGACACCAGAAAUUACACCUGCUUCAAUGGAGGCAACUGCACCGACCGCGAGCUCUCCUGCGACUGUCCGCCAGGCUUCAUCGGGCACCGGUGCGAGCAGGAGGUCGACGAGUGCAAGUCCAACCCGUGUCUGAACGGAGGCUAUUGCCGCAACCUCAUCAACAAGUUUGUCUGCGUGUGCGACAUGAGCUACGCUGGAGACAUGUGCCAGACGGACCUGACCUCGGAGGGUUUGACCUCUGACCUCUUGCUGUCUAUCAGUCUGGGGUCCGUCCUCCUGUUGCUGGCCAUCGUCCUGACCUCUGUGGGUGCGGUAGUGGCCCUAAAUCGCCGCGCCACCCACGGCACCUACAGUCCCAGCCGGCAGGAGAAGGAAGGGUCGCGGGUGGAGAUGUGGAGCAUCACGCAGCCGCCGCCCAUGGAGAGACUGAUUUGAGAAGCAGAAUGUGGUCCAGGUAGCAAUGAAAAAAAAGUGGUGCAGUUUGAACAGGAAGUCUGGAGCUUGGUGGAGACGCGGAGGCUCCACGUUAAAUCACUGCCGUCUGUCUUUAUUUGCAUAUAUGCAGGAAGAUCUCGUGACGGCGUUUUCAUUUCCAGCACCUUCAUCCAUCUUUGUGAUGCUUUGCACCUGGUUCCACACAAGCGUAUCCAUCUGCGUGUGUCACAUCUCUGUGCCUGAUCCAUAUAUUUAGGAUUGAUGGAGCAGCGAACGCUGAAUGGAAAAAAAACGCGCUGGAAUUUAGGGCACAUGAACGCAUCGUCUUCAAGCCUCAUUUGGAAACAAGUCAGGAUAAACCUGCUACUGUUCUACAUUUUCUUUGAAUGAAUGAAUCAAACAUACUGCUCCGCCUCUCAGUAACACAUCGAACAUCAAUCAUGAAAGCACCGCGAGUGUGUAGAAGAAAGGGUUGGUUAUGUCUUGGAUCAAGUAUUUUAGAAUAGGCCACAAUGUCUGCACACUGGGCACCGUGGCGCUCUGCAGCAUAGAGGUGGAAGCUAUAAAAGCCUCAUGGGAUUAGUUUACAAUAGGACGAUUAUAGACUGUUUGUGCGUUUCUGAUGAAUCCACUUUGUUGCCAAGUUCAUUUUUCAGUGGCAGCUCUUUAGUCCCAGAUUCAUGUUUUAGGAUUAGCAGCAUUAUAUUUGUCUAGGCAGCCAUUAAAGUUGUAUAUACUGUAAUGAUUAUUUUUAUUACUGUGAUUUUUCUAUUUUCAACUUUUGAGUUCGAUCAAAAUGUGCUUGUUUAUUAAACUGAGUUUGUUGUCAUUCA